AUGUCAGUGCCCAAGCCUCCUGUCGCAAUCAAGAAUCACUGCUCCGUUAUUCAUGAUGGAGUCAUCUACGUCUAUUCGCCAGACGCCUUUCAGACGUUGGCAUUGAAAGAGGGGGCGAAGUGGAAAGAAGAGGCAAAUGGCGUGUCAGUAACAGGGGCCAUUUGUGUAAAGGGUGGAGUGGAUGGCGACAACUCCAAAGCAGCCUUGUACGUCGUUGGUGGUGCAACAAAUGCAUCGACAACGGAUUAUACUGGCUUGCAGCGGUAUUCGUUUGACGACAAGUCAUGGCAAACUAUCGUCCCUGUGGUCAACGUCACCCAGAAUCGCUUAAAUCAUGGAGCAGCUUAUAUGAAUGCUUCAUCGACAUUGGUCGUCUAUGGCGGAUCUCAGAAUGACAACAUUGGGCCGUCCUCAGAGACCUUUACAAUUGGGCUAUUUCCUCCCUAUGAAGUGCUAGCAUACAGCUCCAUUGCUCCGCCAACGGUCAGUGCUUUCAUGUUACCAUGGAGCCAGGAUCAUACCCUCAUGGUGGGCGGCAGCUCGACGAAUGACAAAGUCUUCACAUUCGGUCCUACAGAUGGCUGGCAGGACUUUGGCCUGACACUGCCGGCUCCACUACCAGAUCACUCAAUAGCACAGAGUGCUCUAUUUACCCUGGCCGACAACAGCAUGAUCCUACAAACAUUUGAUCUUGGCCAGGUACCCCCAACCGUGACGACAAAUGUGUUGUUGAAUCCAGGAGGUGCUCCUGCGACAUUUGGCGAAACAGUGGGAGGCGGCGCAACUACGGAGACUCCCUCGCCCUCUCCGACAAUUUCCUCAAAACCGAGAAGGCAAGUAUCUCUCAAUACUUAUCCAGCCUAUAACGACACUCUUGCCCCUUCUGCGUCCCGGACAAGAUUUGAUCUAGCACAGGGCGAUGACGGACUGGUGGCUCUAGUUGGAGGUAAUGAUGAUAAUCCGGUGCUAUUCUUUAAUCAGUCCGGAAAUGGUUGGAUACCGGCGUCCCAAUUUCUUGGAAAGGAACAACAGCCACUCGCUACAUCGUCGAGCAGGGUACCCACACCAACUUCUUCAAACAUCCCCACUUUCACUUCCACUUCUACGGCAUCUCCGGCUGCAUCAGGCUCCUCUGGCAACAAGAGUCAAGGAUUGACUAUCCUCGGUGCAGUCCUCGGCGCUAUCUGUGGCCUCUUAGCCAUCCUAGUUAUCCUUCUUCUUUGGCUGAGAUCGGUUCGAAGAAGGCGGAAGGCAGCGUCGGAGAAGCAGAAUGAGUAUUCGGAUGACAAGAAACGAAGUGGAGAUUACAACUAUGAAGAAAGGGGCCUUCGUCCACUGGCAGGGGAAGGGCAGCCGAUGGGAAGAAGUCCUGUUCCCUCGGCAGUCAUACCAGAAGCCGACACUGCUUUCAUGUUUGGGGACGGAAAACCAGGACCAGGAACCCUAAUCAGACGCGUGUCUUCAGAUCGAACUCCCGCUGGGUACCGCGGGUCUGGUAUAGGAUUUGGGCAGGCAUUGUUUAAGCGCGAAAAGGAAAGGGAGAAGGAAAAGACCGGCCUGACCAUCUCAAAGCCAAUGAUGCCGAUUUUGAACGAUUACAAAGAAAGUCCGAGUAUUGAACUUGGGAAAGCAACCCCCCCUGGAGUGUCGCUAGGAGCUGCCGACCCCGAGAGAAAGGCAUCUCAACGCAAGACUGACGAGGGAUGGGGCAAAUACUUCCAAAGUGAACCCCUCUCCGAUAAUCGAUCAACGUUCUUGUCCAGGAGUUCUGGCCCAAAAAGCGGGUUUUGGCCUGGAUCCGGUGUGCUGGAAACAUCUACAAGGUCCCCCAAAUUUAUCCUUCGAGACAGUGUGGGCAAUCCUCUGGAAGCGCAGAACGUGGCAGCCGGAAGUCCGAGUCUUGAACACGGACCACCAAACCCUCAGUCGAGGGGGUUGCAAUCUGUUCAGGGUAUGUCUGGGCAAAUCUCUCAUGCAAGUUCAGUGCGAACGGCAAAUUCCAGCGAUGAUGACGACGACUAUGAAGAUGAGCAGGUCUUCGAUGGUGCAUUCUCGAGUGGAAUUCCUGCCAGUGUCCAUGAGUUGCCCUGGACACCGGUAGGAAAUACAUGGUCGGGCCCGCCCCAACGACCACUGCGGCCGCCGAGCAGUUAUCUCGCGGCCCAACAAGCGCAGGUUGAGGUGCAACGUUCUCCUCCCACGGUGAGCUCGAAUGAGACCAGCGAUACCUCGGGGACGCUAGACUCGUCGAUCCCCUCCUUCCCGAUGCCCAACUCGAUUCGAUCCGCUCAGCCUGGAGGAAGUGAAGGAAAUGUCAACAACACCACAACAAUCCAUCAACAGGUGACUCGACCUGGGCCUGAACAGCCAGCUCGUAGUGAAUCCCACGACUACUUUAGCUAUGUCCCAGGCCAUGCACGCAGCAACAGUAGACAACAGCCGGAUACCAACGCCAACGUCAACACGGACAUGUCCUGGCUCAACCUCGGCACGCCGACCCGGUGA